CGGCAGACAGAGGGAGACAAAAGAAAUGCUCCUCUGUUUUACAUGUAGAUAUGAUAAACAUGCCAGAGGAUCCAAGCUAAAUGAUGAAAUGCGGAUGCAAUAAUAAACCACAGCGUAAUAAUUGGUUAGUUUCUAUUUAAAGCGACAUCACCACCAUCCGCACCCCCCAUCCCUCUGCUCUGACCGAGCCUGCGAGAGGCAGCAGCGCGCUGGGAGGCCUUUCUCCUCUCUGACAGGCGCCAGAGGAAGAGGAGUCCUCAGCUGAACUUUGAAACGUACAACCUGAUAGCUGGCGUGUUGGAGCAACACCAUUGCUUCAUCACAGAUCAAAAGGUAACGAGUGACACUCCUUUAAAGCUUCUACUUCCCAUCUGCCACACUGGAGAGGGCUCCGGGCCUUGGUCAUGCCUCUUUACGCCUCCAGUGAGCACCUUUAGGCUGGGAACGCUUCUAUCUGCAGCGUGGGUUUAAAACAAACAAACAAACAAACAAAAAAAACACCUGGAGCUUGAAGAACACGGCUACAGAGAUGAAGCCACCGGUGGAGGUCAGCGUCUUUCUGCUCUCUCUGUUGGGUCCUGGAGUUUUAUUCGCAAUGAAUCAGAUCCCUGCGUUUCAGGAACCUCUUCCUAUCCUGGGAAUGGGAAUGUUUGUCCUGGGAUCCGUUCUUCUUUUGCUCAUCCUCACAGUGCGACACAAAACAAAAGUGGACCCUUUGUUCUACGUUUUUGCAGAGUUUACGUUUGGCGGCAUGGUGGGUUUGACCAACGCUUUAGAGCAGGACGGGUUCAUCUCCGGCUUUAUGGACUUCUACCUAAGGAUGGGUGAGCCUCAUCUCGCCACCUCCUAUGCUGUGAUGAUGUCUUACUGGGAGGUUGUUCACCUCAUCCUGUUGCUCACAGUCAUUCACCGCAUGUUUUCAGGUAAGCCCUACCGAAGCCUGGGUCUGCUGUGGGCUGGGUCCUCCAUCGCCAAUCAGAUUGUCCUUAUUCCAGGGGUGGUAAUUGGUAAGUAUGGGUCCAACAUCCGGCCAGCGUUUUGGAGGAAUGCCCCUUUCUUCCUGGUGUCUUUUUGGGCAGCAUCGCGGCUCUUUCGCAGACCCAGAGAGAUGCCAGUCGUCACAGCAGACAAGGUUGCUGCAGAGCAGAAGAAAGGUCUGCUGUCUCGACCUGCCGACCUGCUCCUGUCACUCCUCUUGCUGGGGGCCGUGGCUUUCUUUGUGUUCAGAGGCUUUGUGGUGUUGGACUGUCCUCUGGACGCGUGCUUUACCUACAUCUACCAGUAUGAGCCGUACCUCAAGGACCCAGUGGGCUUCUCCAGGAUUAUGAUGCUGGUGUAUUUUUUCUACGCUGUGCCCCUGGUGAUCGUUCUUCUCUACGGUCUGAACACACCUGGAUGCAGUUGGAUGUUGGACUGGACCGUCUUCUUUGCUGGUUCCAUGGCUCAGACUCAGUGGUGUCAUAUCGGAGCAUCUCUGCACUCCCGUACUCCCUUCACGUACCGAGCCCCGGCAGACAAAAGAUGGCCGGUUAUCGCCCUCAAUGUGCUGCUCGCCGCUGUGCCCGCUCUGCUGGCCCUCCGCUGCCGCGCCAACCCGGCUUUUCUCAUGAAGCCUGUUCCCAAGGGACAGAGCAACGACGACAAGAAGAAAAACUAGGACCGCACGCCUGCCACCGGAUGUCCAAGAAAAUAGUUCACGUGUUGAAAAGGCGAACGCUUUCAGGGGAGUGCACAAACUGAAAGAAGCGGCUCUCUUUAUUUCUCCCCCGUAAUCUUAAAGCCCAGAGGAGAUUUAGAAACUUUGCUCUCUGGGUCAACUUUUCCAAAUCGGCCAUCUCACACGGCACUCCCUCUGUGGACUGUUGGACCCUGAUAAAGACGCGCCGCUGAUGGAGGUGAAGGACUGCGAUCAGAUCAGCUUUCAGGUGACUCGUACAGAUACCCGGUUGCAAAAGUUAGAUAACGAAUCUUGACCUAACGGUUUACUUAAAUGUGUCUGUAUAUCCCAACUAAAGUUCUAUUUAUUUCUGCUUUUUUUUUUACUGUUGUGAAAAUGUUCAAAUUUGACCCUUUUUAAAAACAAGACAUUUAUCGAUCUUCCAUCAAACACCAGGGUGUGUCCUCAUUUUCUUGUCUAAAUAGUCCAAAAAUGAUCUCACUGCAGGUCAGAGUUCACGUUUUUGACCUUUUACUUAGUAAGUUAAACAGUUCAAUAACCAGAUUUACUACUUUCUGCUGUACCUGUCUGUGCAUCUCAGUGUUUCAUGUUGUUGUGGUUUAUUUUGUACAAUAAAGAAAAAAAGUACCACAGAACUGUGAAUACUUUUUGCAUUGAUGAGCAGGAACAUUGAUAUUCUCCCCUUGUGCCUCUAGAAAACCGUAUAUAAAAACUUAAAAUGACUCGGGCUUUUAUAGAUUUAACAAUACCGUUUCAGCAGCUGUCGAUAUUGUCCCCAAGCAGAGACGUAUUCGGCGCUGUGCAGAGUGCACUGCUGCAGUUAUCAGCCUGAUAAGAGGUGAACCCUGGAUGUAGGUGAGCUGUUGCAUGUGGUUCACAUUCAGAAAAAAAAAAAAAAUCCCACUGGUCAGGAGUCCAUAUGCCUUAAUCGGUGAGCCAAAAUGUAGGUUACACGUGUUGAAUUCAAUGUGAAAAUGGAUUUAAUUAAUCAAAUAUGUGUCAAGCAAAGUGUGACUUUUUUUUUGUCCUUUUCUUAAACGAUCUUGUUUGUAGAAAUGUGGAAAGUUGAGGACUGAUUUUUGCGAUCAAAUCAAAAGUGUAGCAGUUGAAAGUGGAGACUGUUUGGCUGUUAAAACUAUAAACUGGGUCAAAGUUCACAGCUUCACAACACGACUGGCAGGAUUUCUCAUUCAACAUUCAUGGCUUCAUUAUGAAAGUUUCAGUUCCAGAGCUGCUUUUAUUUUAGCUAAUUUACAUGCGUUUUUAAAGACUAAGCACACAAGAAAAUAAACUGCAUAAAAUGGCUGCAGAAGACUUUCAAUACCAUCAUAUUACUAAGGAUGUUGUUUAUCUCUAGUCCUUUGCAGCACAGUUGCAUUUAUUUUUACAUGGAAAACCAUUUUAAAACCAGCCAAUUAUUUUCCUUCUCCUUUCUGUUGAUUCAUCAGGUAAAAUUCAAAUAAAGUUCACCUAAGUAUAUUUUGUUGGUCUCAGUUUAAAGAAAAAGCAUAAAGUUUUGCUUUUCCUUUUGUUCACUUUAUUAAGAAUGAAAUACAACAGCAAGACAAAAAGUCAUUGGAACACCAAAAAAGUAGAUGACUGAUCCAAUAUCAAAGGGACUAAAGAGAAAAUAGUGACAUUCUACUCAUCAGGUACACACAGCCGUGCAAAGUUUCAAGAUGUUUAGCAAAUCCGAUACAAUCAAGUGUUUAGCUCAAGCUUUUUCCUUCUCCCACCCACACGAUCCGCUGUAUGUCUGUGGGACACAUCCAUAAGAUCAUUCAGAAGGAGUUGAUUUGAACAAAGUCCAGCAGUGGAUCAGCUAAUAACACAGAACAUAUUUACAAACUGGAGAUUAGAGAAAAAUCAAAGGAUUUGCUACUAACUGGUAUAGAAAAAUGGUGUUACACAGACUUCCUGGAGCGUAAGUACAAAAAAAAGUGUUUUCACUAGCAGAUCAUCCGUAAUAAAUAGUAACAUUACACAAACGGCACGUAUUAGAAAAAGCAUGUCAGUAAGAAUAAAACAGAGCAGCUAUUAAAAGAGCUCAAUGAAGAAAAAAA